AUGAUCACAACUGAAACUCUGCAUACUCAAUUUAAUCAUCGUGAUGAUCGUAUAAAUUGUUUGAUGCCAAUGUUGAUGACGGGAGUAUCAAGAUUGCUUUCACAAAAAGCGAUUAGUAUCAAAGCAUGUGGUCCAUACCAGUUGGAAAAAGUGAAUAGAAACAUGUUCCAGUUCGAUACAGUUGAAAUGAAAAGAUUUGAGGAGGAUCAAACAGCUGGAGAGUAUGUUGAUGCAACGAUGACUUGGCUGAGUUGGAUGUCACAAAUACGUGUAUUGAAUAUAGACAAUGAACUAUUGUUUCAACUCACCAAUCAUAAUUUUCGUAUUGAUCAGUUAUUGUCUAUAGAAAUUCUUAUUAUUCGUCAAAUAACUCAUUCUGUCGGUAAUGAUUCGUUAAGUAUUGUCAAUCGUCUUGGUAAAUCAUCGUCGUUACACACCAUAAAUAUAAAAAAGUAUCAACUGAAUGCUGAAUUAACAAUGAACGAUCUGUUGUUGGUUGUAUCUAAAAUGCACCAUGACUUAUCUGCAUUAAAAAUGAUGACAAUCGACUUCGACAAAGAUGUUCCGUUUGGUGUUGAAACAAUUGAUAACUUGACGGUCGUGCAGAAGGAAAACUGUCGUCUAGAGUAUUUUCAUGCGACUAAUUGUUAUGUUGAACUAUGGUUUAGUGCCUAA